ACAUCCACUUCGUGUUUAUUUUUCACCACGGGAACGGUAGAUGGAUUCGUCCUUGAGAGCUCCAGCUCAUCGAACGGUGCGCUGCCGGUGCGCUGCUGUCGAACCUGUAAGAUUAUUGUGAUCGGAGAUGCCGGUGUCGGCAAGACCUGUCUGACACACCGCUUCUGCACCGGACAGUUUCCCAGCAGAACGGAGGCGACAAUUGGUGUGGAUUUUCGUGAGAAAGUUCUUGACAUAGAAGGCGAGAAAGUCAAAGUACAGCUGUGGGACACAGCUGGUCAGGAGCGUUUUCGUAAAAGCAUGGUGCAGCACUACUAUCGCAAUGUGCACGGGAUUGUCUUCGUGUUUGAUGUCACUAACCCCAUUAGUUUCCGCAAUCUGCCACUGUGGAUGGACGAGUGCCGUCAGCACUCUCUUGGUCCAGAUAUACCCCGGGCCCUUGUUUGCAACAAGGCCGAUCUGGUCACUUCAGCAAUUACAUCUGUGUUAAUCGAGCAGGCUCGUCAUUUGGCCGAAGUCCAUGGAAUGUCUUUUUAUCUUACUUCAGCCAAAGGUCGCAAAGGGGACCAGGUGGACAGCAUCUUUGUGACAUUGGCAAAGAGUCUGAAAAGCCAGAGAAGCCAGAGUGUGAACGAAUGUGUGUUACAGUGCAGAUCUGAGAGCUUCACAAUCCCAGCAAAAAUUAUAAUAGCACAAGAGAGCAAGAAGAAAUGGGCCUGCAUCUGCUAACGGACAGAUGCACACAAGAGUGGUGUGCUUAUUUCAGUGUGUCCACUAAUAGGGACAAGAGUAAAUAGCAAUUUUGUCCUUUGAGAAUCACAAGUCUGUGGUCAGAAAGAGAGAGAGAAAAAAAAUCUUUAAACUUCUUGCAGUCAAAGCAACUUAUGUUGGCCAUUAUAUAAAGAAGGAAUUAUGAAGUAAUUCUUCCAGCAUGGAGUCUUCUACAGAGAAGUGUAACACUGCUAGACUAAAUGACUUCACUCUAAACCUGGAGAUAAGGACUAAUUGUGACUUCACAUGUUAAAAAGUAUAGCUUUUGGCUGUAUAUUUGUAGUCUCUGACAACUGAUUCUUCGCUUAUUUGUUCUUGCUGCUCUGUGCUGUCCCAUGUGGGUCUAAGGCUACUGACUAACCAUUACAGUCAAACCAAAAUUUAUUCAGACACCUUGAACAUUUAAUUCAUUAAUACAGUUUAUUCACUAUAGUUUAAUAAAAUAU